UUUGUGGAACCCUAUAUUUGUAACCAUGAUUGGUAUAUGGGAUUCAGUAAUGCAAUUGUUUGUAGAAAAUAAUAUAAAUAUUCACAUUUACGGCACAUUUUUGUGGUCUUUUCUAAUCUAUUGGAUAAUUGGCUUCAGUUAUACAGCAAUUGAUUUAAUAAGAGGUCCCAAAAGUAUUUACAAAUACAAAAUUAAUAAAUCAUAUAAAGUCACAUCUAAAGACGUUUAUAAAACUAUGAAAAAUGUUUUAUUAAAUCAAAUAUUAAUACAAUUCGCUCUUUCAUUGAUUUCAUUGCCGAUUCUAAGAAGACAUGAAUACAGUGUCAGUCGACAAGACUUUUCACCAAAUUAUUGGCGAAUUUUGAUUCAUCUACUGAUUUGUGUUGUAAUCGAAGAGAUGGGCUUUUACUACAGCCACAGGUUAUUGCAUUUAAACAAGUUUUACAAAUACAUUCACUCCAAACACCAUCACUGGACGGUUCCCACAGCUAUUGCCGCCUCUUAUUGUCAUCCAAUAGAGCACAUAAUCUCCAAUGUUUUGCCCAUUUAUUUAGGUCCAAUGCUAUUGAACUCACACCUGGCCUUUUUAUGGUUAUGGAUAGCAAUAGCAACUAUUACUUCACUUCACACCCACUCUGGCUUUCAUUUACCCCUCGGACUGUCCCCGCAAUUUCAUAACUAUCAUCACUCGCAUUUUAAUCAAAACUUUGGUGUUUUGGGAAUAAUGGACAAAAUUCAUAAGACAGACAAACUGUUCCGCAAAUCAAAGGAAAGUCAAAGACAUAAAUGGCUUUUGACUACUAAACCAUCGCAAGAAGUGUUUCAA